GCUGGGGCGGCGGGGCUCAGGGGUGCGGCGCUCCCCGCUCGCUGCCAGCUCAGCCUCCAUCUGGGCCUUCCGCGCCGCCGCCGCCCGCCCAGCCUGGUCCUGCAGCCGAGCGUCCCUCGGGCUCCCGGGCAGACAUGGCGACCCUGAGCGCUGUGCAGCCGCUGUCGCUGGACCGAGAUGUUGCCAGAGCAAUUGAAUUACUGGAAAAACUACAGGAAUCUGGCGAGGUACCAGUGCACAAGUUACAAUCCCUCAAAAAAGUGCUUCAGAGUGAGUUUUGUACGGCUAUUCGAGAGGUGUAUCAAUAUAUGCAUGAAACAAUUACGGUCAGUGGCUGUCCUGAAUUCCGUGCGAGGGCGACGGCCAAGGCCACAGUGGCAGCUUUUGCAGCUAGUGAAGGCCACUCCCACCCUCGGGUCGUUGAACUGCCCAAGACUGAAGAAGGCCUUGGGUUUAACGUGAUGGGUGGAAAGGAGCAGAACUCACCCAUUUAUAUCUCUCGCAUCAUUCCUGGAGGGGUGGCUGAAAGGCAUGGAGGCCUCAAAAGAGGGGACCAGCUGCUCUCAGUGAACGGAGUGAGUGUGGAAGGAGAGCACCAUGAGAAAGCCGUGGAGCUCCUCAAAGCUGCAAAGGAUAGCGUCAAACUGGUGGUGCGAUACACCCCCAAAGUCCUAGAAGAGAUGGAGGCACGCUUCGAGAAGCUUCGGACAGCCCGACGUCGACAGCAGCAGCAACUCCUGAUUCAGCAACAGCAGCAGCAACAGCAGCAACAACAGCAGCAAACACAGCAGAACCACAUGUCCUAGAUCUUUGAAGACUUGCUACCAGAUCAAACAUCUGAAAGUCCCAAAUUUGAAAUUG